GAGAGGGAGCGGGUGCUGGAGCGCCCCGGCGGCACACGCACAGCGCCCCGCACGCAGCACUCUGACCGGCAGCGACAUGGACGCGGACACAGAGACCACCGCCCUCUGUCCCUCGGGCAGCCACCAGGCCUCCCCUCCGGGGACGCCCACCGCAGCAGAUGCUACAGUGCUGAAGCAGCCAGAGAAACUGCUGGCGGGCCUGGACCUGGGCGGACCCCCAGGCGCCCCCAGACGCAGAGGCAGUAUGCCAGUGCCCUACAAACACCAGCUGCGGCGGACCCAGGCUGUGGAUGAGCUGGACUGGCCACCCCAGACCUCCUCGUCGGGCUCCUCUGACUCCCUGGGUUCAGGGGAAGCAGGUGCCGCCCCGAAGGAUCUUGUCUUCAAGGUCAUGCUGGUGGGCGAGAGCGGCGUGGGCAAGAGCACCCUCGCAGGCACUUUCGGCGGUCUCCAGGGAGACAGUGCUCACGAGCCAGAGAACCCAGAGGACACCUACGAGAGACGUAUCAUGGUAGACCAGGAGGAAGUGACGCUGGUUGUUUACGACAUCUGGGAACAGGAGGACUCAGGCGGGUGGCUGCGGGACCACUGCCUCCAGACGGGGGACGCCUUUCUCAUCGUCUUCUCAGUCACUGACCGAAGAAGCUUCUCCAAAGUGCCAGAGACCCUCCUAAAGCUCCGGGCUGGGAGGCCCCACCAUGACCUGCCUGUCAUCAUUGUUGGAAACAAGAGCGAUCUGGUCCGCUCCAGGGAAGUCUCCGUGGAGGAGGGCCGCCACUUGGCCGGGACCCUGGGCUGCAAGCACAUCGAGACGUCGGCCGCGCUGCACCACAACACUCAGGAGCUCUUCGAGGGCGCCGUGCGCCAGAUCCGGCUGCGGCGGAGCCGGGGCCGCGCGGCCGGCGCCGAAGGGCCGCGGCCGGACUCGGGCAGCCCCGAGGGCCCCGCGCCGCCCGCCCGCCGCGAGAGCCUCACCAAGAAGGCCAAGCGCUUCUUGGCCAACCUCGUGCCGCGCAACGCCAAGUUCUUCAAGCAGCGCUCCAGGUCGUGCCACGACCUCUCCGUGCUCUGAGCUGCCGUCG